AUCCAGCAUCGCCUUUUUCGUAGCAUUCUGGCAAAAGGCGUAUUUAGUACCGAUUCGUUAUUUUCAACAUUUUCACUAAAAUUGUUGUAUAAUUGGCUCCUUUCCAUUUCCAGAUUUGUGACACAAGGGCUCCUAUCAGUGAUCGGAUAGAAGAGAACUGAAAUACUAGUUGAGUGCUUUCUUUUCGCAGUUAGAGCGUCUGAUUUCUCCCACACAGUGAUGCAGCCUAUUCAGCUAUCUGAUGAUCUGUCUUCUGUUGCUCCGGAGGCGAUUUUCCGGUCAGCCCCUAUGACGUUAGUGCAGUUCUAUGUGACAAUAGAGUUGGCUAGAGAUAUGGUUUAUACUUUGGGGAAUCUUGGCGAUGUCCAUUUCCGAGACUUAAACUCCAAGUUGACACCAUUUCAGAGGACAUUUGUGCUGGAAUUGCGUAACAUUGACACCAUGGAAUCACAGCUUGCAUUCCUCAAUUCCAUUAUGAUUAAGUAUGAAACGAUCAAGAGUGAUGUGUUUGUCAAUUUGAAGGCGGAUAUGGACCCGCUUCCUACUACGUCAGAGAUGGACGACAUGAAACAGAAAAUCACAACGUUUUACGACAGAAUAAAGCACUUGGAUAACUCGUACAACGUACUAAAUGAACAGAAGAUGGCAGUAGUGGAAAACAGACAUGUGCUCAAUGCUGUAACCGACUUCCACAGCAGCAGUCUUAUAGGUGGAUAUAACGAGUCGCGUAUUUCUCUCUCUCUUUCUGAUGGUGCAGAUGAUGAUAAUGUAGCACUUUUGAAUAACAGAAACAACAGCAUGGAAUUGGGUUCCGAAACAAUCAAUCUUGAAGAGUCAGGUUUCGAUGCCAUUUCCGGGACAAUUGUAAGAGAAAAAGUACCUCUUUUGAGAAACAUCUUAUGGAGAACCAUGAGAGGUAACUUGUAUUUCCAUGACGUGCCAAUAGAUAACGAGAAAUUGUUUGACUAUAAUGCAACCCAGGAGGAGUUGGUCAACAAGAACGUCUUUAUUGUGUAUAUACAUGGAGAUUUGUUGAGAACACGAGUGAGAAGAAUCAUCCAGUCCCUUGAUGGGAACAUCUUCGACAAUGUCAACGGGGGAGCAUCUGCCAGGGCAGCUACCUCUUCUGAAUUAAAUGCGAAGAUCACGGAUUUGAACAAUAUUGUUAUGACCACCAAGAACCAUCUCAUUGCCGAGUUGUUAAUUUUUCAGGAGGCGUACCCAGACUAUUGCUUUAUAGUACAAAGGGACAAGUUAAUCUACCAAACACUCAACAAGUUCGAUGAAGACAGCACUAGAAGGUGCUUGGUAGGAGAAGGUUGGAUUCCCACCUCUGACUUUGGACUUAUUCGUCAAACAUUGAGACAUCUCGUACGAGAAAAGACUCGUCGUGGCGACGGAGAAAGUGACUCUCAGGAAUCGGUUCCUUUAACUCAACAAGGGUCAUCUCCAAAUCCCGUGAGCCAGACGUAUACUAAUCUUGGUAGUGGUAAUUCAUCGUUAUUUGCCAUUGAUGAUGCAACAGACGAUUUUUCAGAGUUGGAAGACGAAGAAUAUGGUUCUUUGAUCGCUAUUGUCAAUGAACUUUCGACUAACCGUACCCCGCCUACCUAUCAUAAUGUAAACAAAUUCACUUCCGCUUUCCAGCUGAUUAUAGACGCCUAUGGUAUAGCCACGUACCAAGAAGUGAAUCCAGGAUUGGCCACGAUUGUAACAUUUCCCUUUAUGUUCGCCAUCAUGUUUGGUGAUAUCGGACAUGGUUUGAUAGUCUUGCUCAUCAGUUUGUACCUUAUCAAAAAUGAGGUGCACUUUGGUGCCAUGAGGAAUAAGGAUGAAAUUUUUGAAAUGGCUUUCAAUGGUAGAUACAUCAUCUUGCUUAUGGGUCUUUUCUCCAUGUACACUGGAUUUUUAUACAAUGAUAUCUUCUCUAAAACAAUUACCUUAUUCAAAUCUGGCUGGGUAUGGAAUUUUCCUAAGGAUUACGAUUUUACCAAAGACGGUCCGGUGACAUUGGUUGCUGAGAAGGCCGCACGCACAUAUCCUAUAGGUCUCGAUUGGGCCUGGCACGGAGCUGAAAACAACUUGUUGUUCACCAAUUCAUACAAAAUGAAACUUUCUGUUUUGAUGGGUUUUGUCCAUAUGAACUACUCGUUGUUUUUUAGUUUGGUCAACUAUAGAUAUUUCAAGUCUAGGGUCGAUAUCAUCGGUAACUUCAUUCCUGGUUUCUUAUUCAUGCAGAGUAUAUUUGGUUAUUUGUCUUUGACCAUCGUCUACAAAUGGUCAGUAGACUGGUUAGGAAAAGGUAAGCAACCUCCAGGUUUACUUAAUAUGUUAAUCAAUAUGUUUUUGGCUCCAGGUAAAGUUGAAGAACAAUUGUACCCAGGUCAGAAGUAUAUUCAGGUAUUCUUGGUUCUUGUCGCAUUAGUUUGUGUUCCAUGGAUUUUGGUGUACAAACCUUUGACAUUAAAACGUCAAAAUGAUAGAGCAAUUCAAUUGGGUUACAAGGACUUACACUCGCAAGCCAACCAUUCUAUUCAACUACACGAAGAAAUGGAAGCCACGCAAUUAGAAGAAGAUUUGAAUCACGAUCCCGAUGAUGAUGAUUUUGAGAUUCUGGACGAUGAUUUCCAUUUCCCAAAUGAUAUUGAGCCUUUGCAUCAUAAUUCGACCUCCCAUGGCGAAGACGGAAGCGAUUUCAAUUUUGGAGAUAUAGUUAUUCAUCAAGUAAUUCACACAAUUGAAUUCUGUUUGAAUUGUGUCAGUCAUACUGCUUCCUACUUGAGAUUGUGGGCUUUAUCUUUAGCUCAUGCACAACUUUCAACUGUGUUAUGGACAAUGACUAUCCAAAACGCAUUUUAUACAACAGGCAAUGCAGGAAUAGCAAUGGUUGUUGCGCUCUUUGGUCUUUGGUUUAUAUUGACGGUGUGUAUCUUAGUUUUGAUGGAAGGAACAUCGGCUAUGUUGCAUUCGCUCAGAUUACAUUGGGUUGAGGCUAUGUCCAAGUUCUUUGAGGGCGAAGGCUAUGCGUACGAACCCUUUACAUUCAAAUCAAUUGAUUUAUAGAAUUUCAAAGAUUUCAAGUUAUGGCAUAUAAAAGACCAACAGUCUUCAAAUAUAUACAAUGAUUCAUAUGUUAAAGUUUCCACGAUCUGCUCUCUCUUUCGAUUGAAGCUAUGACCCACAAAGCAACCAAGCACAUAGUGCUUGCAACGAGUAGAACACCGUUGUAGAUCAUGGGUUUCUUAAAAUCGUUCGGUUUCAAACCAUGGUUAGCAAUCAUCAAUCCAGCAAUUGGCGAACCUAAGAAAUUGCCAAUGCCUCUACUGAAAUACAUUAAUCCGCUCAUAGCUUGAUAAUUGGUAACUCCAAACAACUCCACCAAGCAUGUAGGUAAUAAACUGAUAAUUGCACCUGAAAAAACACCGUAUAAUACAAUAAACGUUAGGAAUGUAUCUCUCGUUUCCACCAUCCAUAAUGCAAAAAUCGUAAUAGCACUAAGGAAACUACAAAUGAUAAUCAUAUUGAGACGGCCAAUCUUAUCCCCGCCAAAUCCGAAGACAACCUUGAACGCAGCAUUAAUUGCGUUAUUGAUACCAAUAAACAAGGCGCCUUGGCUUCUGGUGAAUCCCAAACUCUGGGCGUAGGAAGACAUAAAAAUCAAUGGAAUCAAGUACCCUGCCGAUUGGAGCAUCGAGCCUAUAAGCUGUAGCCAUACUUUCCAUGAGCCUAGUUGUGCUACUUUGAACAACCUGUUGUUCGUCCUGAAGCUGGCGCUGGAAGGUUCAACGACAAGCAUACUAGCGGUAUACGUCAAGAAUAAGUUCAUGAACCCCAAGGUCCUAAGUGUCCACUUAUAGCCCACUUGAACGAUGAGAU